GUGAGGGGCUGUGAGGAGGAGGAGGAGGAGGAGGAGGAGGAAGCGCGGCCGGGGGGUCCCGGGGGGUCCCCGAGGUUCCCCCGCAGCCGCCCCGGGACCGAGCGGGACCCGCGGGACCCUCAGGGGCCGCCAUGCGCCCCCCCCCCCCCCCCCAGCGCCAUGAGCGGCCCCUCGGGGGGGGGGUCCCGACCCGAGGCCCAAAAUCCCCAAAAUUCUCCCCAAAAUUCCAAUCCCCCAAAUUCACCCCGAAAUUCCCAACAUUCACCCCAAACUCCCCCCAGCUCCCAAAAUCCCCCAAAUUUGCCCCAAAAUCCCCCAAAUUUCACCCAAACCCUCCCAAAAUCGCCCUCAAACCCCUCGAAUUUUGGUGAAAUUCCCCCAAAUUUUUCCCCAAACUUCACCCAAAUGUCCCCGAAUUUGACCGAAAACCCCCCAAAUUUUGCCGAAAUUCCCCCAAAUCUGACCCAAAACCCCUCAAACUUACUCCAAAAUCCCCCCAAUUCGACCCAAAAUCCCUCAAAUUUUCCCCAAAAUCUCCCAAAAUCGCUCUCAAACCCCUCCAAUUUCCAAAUUCCCCCAAAUUUUACCCAAAACUCCCCAAAUUUCACCCCAAACCCUGCAAAUUUUGCUGAAGUUCCCCCAAACCCCCCGAAUUUCACCCAAAGCCCCUCAAAUUUUGCUGAAAUUCCUUCAAAUUUCCCCCAAAACCUCCCAAAAUCGCUCUCAAACCCCUCCGAUCUGACCCAAAACUCCUCAAAUUUCCCCCCAAAUCCGACCCAAAACCCCCCGAAUUUCGCUGAAAUUCCCACAAACCUGCCCCAAAAUCUCUCGAAUUUCCCCCAAAACCUCCCGAAAUCGCUCUCAAACCCCUCCAAUUUCGCUGAAAUUCCCCAAGGCCUGACCCUAAAACCCCCGAAUUUCACCCGAAAUCCCACCCCAAAUCUCUCAAAUUUCACCCAAAACCUCCCAAAGUCCCUCUCAAAUCCCUCCAAUUUCGGCGAAACCCCCCCCAGUUUUGCCCAGAACCCCUCAGAUUUCCCCCCAAAUCCCCCGAAUUUCGCCGAAAUUCCCGAUUUUUCCCAAAUCCCCUCAGAUUUCCCCCAAGGCCCCUCCCCCGCCCUUUCCCGCUUCCCGCCCUUUCCCCCGCAGUCUCGCGAGAACUCGUGGCGGGAUUUCUGCGCGCGCCAGGCCCGCGCGGCCGCCCGCGACUUCGCGCGCCGCUACCGCGACUUCGUGGCCGCGCAGCCGCAGUCGGGGCUGGGCGGGGCCGGCGCCGCCGCCGCCUUCUCGCGCCGCUUCGCGCGGAACUUUCUGGAACACUUCCGGGCCGAGGUGGCGCGCGCGGCCGCCGAGAGGGGCGGGGCCAACGACAGGGGCGGGGCCGUGUCGCGAUAUGGGCGCGAUAGCGGGGAGAAAAUGGGGGAAAAUGAGGCGAAAUUGGGGGGAUUUGACCCAAAUUUGAGGGAAAUUGACGCAAAAUUUGCUGAAUUUGACCCAAAAUUGGCUGAUUUCGGGUCAAAUUUGCGGGAAAUGGACCCAGAUCUGAGAGAAAUUGAGCCAAAAUUGAGGGAAAUUGACCCAAAAUUUGCAGAAUUUGACCCAAAAUCUGGGGAAGUUGACCCAAAAUUGGCUGAAUUUGGAUCAAAAUUCAGAGAAAUUGACCCAAAAUUGGGGGGGAUUGACACGAAAUUGGGGGGAAUUGGCUCAAAAUUGGCAGAAAUUGACCCAAAUUUGCCUGAAUUUGGGUCAAAGUUGGGGGGAAUUGACCCAAAAUCGAGGGAAAUUGGCUCAAAAUCGGCUGAAUUUGGAUCAAAUUUGAGGGAAAUUGACCCAAAACUGGGGGGAAUUGACCCGAGAUUGAGGAAAAGUGGCUCCAAAUUUGUGGAAAUUGACGCAAAAUUGGCAGAAACUGACACAAAACUGAGGGAGAUUGGAUCAAGUUUGGGGGAAAUUGACCCAAAAUUGGGAAAAGUUGACUCAAAAUUUGCAGAAAUUGAUGAAAAAUUGGGGGAAAUUGGACCAAAUCUGACAGAAAUCGGCUCAAAAUCGGCUGAAUUUGGACUGAAAUCAGCUGAAAUUUGCCCAAAACCGGCUGAAUUUGGAUUAAGAUCGGCUGAAAUUUGCCCUAAAUGGGCUGAAAGUGCCUCAAAAUGGGCAGAAAUCGGCCCAAAACCGGCUGAAAUUGGCCCAAAAUCAGGUGAAAUUUGCCCGAAAUGGGCGGAAAACGCCCCAAAAUCGGCAGAAAUCGGCACAAAGCGGCCUCACAAUGUCCCAAAAUCGCUGGAAAUCGCCCCAAAACCGGCUGAGAUUUACACGGCGUGGGCUGGAAACGCCCCAAAAUCCCUCGAAAUCUCCCCAAAAUCGGCCGAAAUUUCCCCAAAAUCGCCUGAAAUCUCCCCAAAAUGGGCGGAAAACGCCCCAAAAUCCCUCGAAAUUUGCCCAAAAUCGGCGGAAUUCGCCCCAAAUUCCCCCGGACUCUCCCCGGACUCCCCCGAGUGGCCCCGAAACUCCCCGAAAUCGCCUCAAAACUCCCCAAAAUCGCCGGAAAUCUCCCCAAAAUCCCCGGAACUUUCCCCGAAAUCUCCAGAACUUUCCCCGAAAUCUCCCGAAAUUUGCCCGAAAUCCUCGGAAAUGGCCCCAAAAGCGAAGCCGCGCCGCCGCUUCUCGCUGCGCAGCGUCGGCCGCAGCGUGCGGGGGAUGCUCCAGUGGCGCUCGGGGGAGCCCCAAAACCCCCGGAAUUCGCCCCAAAACGCGGAACCGCCCGAGAAGCCCCAAAACCGCCGGAAUUGGCCCCAAAACCCGCGGAAUUCGCCCCAAAACCCGCGGAACUCGCCCCAAGCUCCGGAGCCGCCCGAGGAGAAGCCCCAAAACCGCCGGAAUUCCCCCCAAAAUGUGGAACCGCCCGAGAAGCCCCAAAACCGCCGGAAUUCGCCUCAGAGCCGGCGGGAGCGGCUCCUGCGCAUGCGCGGGACCCCCCGGCUGGGAGCCUGGGGGCGGGGCCGCGGCGGGGAAGGGGCGGAGCCAGAGAAAAGCCACGCCCACAAGGCCCCGGAGCCGCAGGAUGAGCCCGGCCCCGCCCCCACGUCUGACCCCGACCCCCCCUCGGAGCCGGAGCUGCUGCGGGGGGAGGGCGGCGACGGCCCCGGACGAGGCCCGGGCCCCGCCCCUCCCCCCCCGCUGCUGCCGCCGCGCGCGCCCCUGGAGGAGCCCGGAGCCCCUCCCCCGCCGGAAGUGACGUCAGGCCCCGCCCCCUCCUUCCCCUUCCCCCUCGGCCCCGCCCCUCCAUCGUUGGCCCCGCCCCCUGCCUUGGCCCCGCCCCCUCCCGAUCCCGGCGGGUUUCCCGCGGAGCCCGAGGGGGGCGUGGCCUCGGCGGGGGGCGUGUCCGGCGCGGAGCUGGGGGCGUGGCCGUGGUUCCACGGGACGCUGUCGCGCAUGCGCGCCGCGCAGCUCGUGCUGCAGGGGGGGCGGGGCGGCCACGGCGUCUUCCUGGUGCGGCAAAGCGAGACCCGGAGGGGCGAGUUCGUGCUGACCUUCAACGUGCAGGGCAAGGCCAAGCACCUCCGUUUGUCCCUGAACGAGUCCCUGCAGUGCCGGGUGCAGCACCUCUGGUUCCAGAGCAUCUUCGACAUGCUCGAGCACUUCCGGGUGCACCCCAUCCCCCUCGAGUCGGGGGGGCCCAGCGACGUCACCCUGCUCAGCUACGUGGUGGCCUCGCACCGGAUUUGGGGUCGCUCCGGGAGCCGCUCCGACCCCUCCCCCACCCCCCCGGACCCCGCCCCGCCCCCACCCCCCGACUGACCCCGCCCCCCGCCCCUCCCCCACCCCCAAAAACCCCCAAAAAUCCCACAAAAAAAAAAAACAAAAACACUACAAAGGGGGAGGGGGUGGGGGAGGGGCAGGGUCGG